AUGCAGCCGAACGAUAGUGUCCCGGCACUCAAACCGGCCGAAUCGGCCCUCUUGAGUCGCCGUCGCCGUCGCAAGUCACUCCCUUCUCGUGGUCAGGGUGCUGGAAAUUCCGCCGAUCCAACGUCUCCGGAGCUGAUCUCGUCCUUGAUCUCGUCCCUUUCCACCAUCUCCGUGCCCCUGAACUCGCAUUUUGAAACAGUACCCCGGAUCGACUCUAAGGAUUCAUCCGAUCCUGGAUUGCCCGAGGUACCACACACUGCGCCCUGUUUCACCAUCCCUCCGUCCCAGCAGAAUGGCUUUGGGUUGAGCUUCGGCACUCACCUGGAGGAACCUGAACUCGAUUCGAGCCCAUUUUUGCAUCCGGAUGAUGCUGCAUCGUCGCCAGUCAUUCGCAUGGCCAGAGCGCCCCCAUCUCCCAAAUCACCGAGAUCACCCCGAUCGCCAAAGUUCAAACCUUUCAGUAGAUUCGAUCCAUCUCCCCGACCCGCUUCGAAGGACUCCCAUUCAUCGGCAAGGGCCGUUCCCGAGGACACGGCCUUCGGGACGAUCAGUACAGAGCCCGGCCCUCGUCUCUCCACUGCCGUGAGCGUCGCAUCCAACGGCUCAGGUGGUCGAACCAAAAGCUUGAAGGGCCAAUUCAGCCUGCUUAGAAAAUCAUCCUCCCGGGAUCUUGCAGCCACUGAGAAGGACAACCCAGCCGAUCGCUUGCGAAAAACACACAGCCUAAACGAGGGACUACGAUAUAAUACCCCCCGCAACCGGGCUAGCUUGCGCUCAAUGCAUUCCAUGGCAGACGUUGCUGAGGAGGCCGCACCCAAAGCCUCAGAUGACGGUCUUGUGGCAAGCACUCCUCCGACAAUGGAGGAACCAUCCGUUCAGACUACCCCAGAUAACCAUCAUAAUCCGGGAGGAAUUGGAAGCGGUAGAAUUAUCCCCACACGCGACUCAUCUUUACGACACCGACAUAGCCACUCCUCUGGAAAGCGGAGGUCGGCUCGUCAUAGUCGUUUCCCCUCAACUGCCAGCAAAGAAUCCAAUUCGGACAAUGGUCUACCUGGCACCAGUAAUGAUGCAGAACAGGUGACGCGGAGGAUCCAGGAGCUGAAGGAUCAGCAACAGAAGAUUAAGACGGAGCUUGAAGCAGAUGAUAGCUCUAGUAAAUCUACGAAAAUGACCCCAGUCAAGCAGCCAAAAACCCCACGCAGCACGAGUCAAGUUGAUCAAACUCGCGGAGCUCCGAAUGGAUCAGCCCAAGCCGAGCGUUCUGUUUUGAAUGACAGUGCGCCGUCACCCUCUGUUAUGACUGGUAAAAGUCGACCUGGGAAGAUUGGCGGGCCUUUAGCUUCAAAACCCACCAACUUUGCACCGCAGAUGUCCAAGUCAGCUUCGGAUAAACUUGAUGAGCAAUCGCGAUACAGAAGAUCUUUGGAGCCAACCACACCCACCCAAAGUCAUCGUCGAUCACCUUCGGGGCCCAGCAUUGCCGGUCGAACCUCAGCUACCCAUGAGCGACCAUCCAGCGUUGAUUCGAUUGAUUUAGCUGUUGAGGAUUAUGUUUUUUCUCCAAAGUUGACCCAGAAGGUUGUACAUCCAACCACGGGACGCACAAUUGCAUUUUCUGAGGUGGGCAAUCCCAAGGGUCACGUUGUCUUGUGUUGUCUCGGCAUGGGUCUCACUCGGUAUCUUCCUGCAUUUUACGAUGAAUUGGCUCGCACUCUUAACUUGAGAUUGGUGACUUUGGAUCGUCCGGGUGUAGGUGAAAGCGGACCACACCAACUUGAUGAAACAAGCAACCCUCUCAGCUGGCCUGAACUCCCAGAUGAUGUUGCUAUCGUUUGUAACUAUUUGCGAGUCACCAAAUUCUCCAUUCUGGCUCACUCUGCUGGAGCCAUUUAUGCUCUGGCUACGGCUCUUCGGAUUCCACAACAUAUUCGUGGACGAAUCCAUCUUCUGGCUCCUUGGAUCCCUCCAUCACAACUUUCCAGCAUAGGUUCACAAAAGGAACCAGCUCCAACUAAUGCAGUACCUUACUCGCAACGAAUUCUUCGCGCUCUCCCAACGUCCCUUCUCAAAGUGGCUAAUACGAGUUUCAUGAGUGCCACCAGUGCAAGUAUCACGACCAGCCUUCCUAAAUCUCCCAAACGAGCCAAACGCAAGGCCGCUGCGAAAGAAGCACCUAUCGCCGACUCAGAUUCUAUUGCAUUGGAUAUAGCCGAGGCCAAAAAUAAAAAAGAGGAUCCUGCACCAUUGGGUGGGACGAAGCCUUCCAAUGUCUCUAAUCCCUCAUAUCGGCGGAGUGACGCCACACUUGCGUCGCGGGCUAAGUCUCCAGAGGAGGAGCGAGAGCGACAGCAAGACUAUGAUACCCGCCUGACCCACAAAAUAUGGGAACUUGCUACCACCAACGCCAAUCCAGCCGUGGAUCUACUGAUUUGCCUGGAACGGCGACAGACUAUUGGUUUCCGCUAUGUUGAUAUCACUCGAUCUGUAGUGAUCCACCACGGUAGCAAAGAUACUCGCGUCCCCGUGGAGAAUGUCAAUUGGCUAGGCAAAACUAUGCGUCGAUGUGAGGUGCGCAUCCUCGAAGGCGAGGGCCAUGGUCUUAUGGCUUCUGCCGGCGUGAUGGGCAGUGUCUUGACGGAGAUUGCCAAGGAAUGGGAAGACUGGACUACUAUUGUCCAGGGCAAACGCCGAGCCACUGCUCACCACGCCGCCCGACCUGGACUUUCCAUCCAGACCUGA